CCGUCAGCCUGAUGCAGCUCCUCCGGCUGGCCUGGGCUCUGACCGCCUCCGCAGGCUGCCUCCUGCUGCUCCUGCUGCUCCACGACCAGCUCCUCAGAGAAGGUCAGCUGGUGGCAGGAACCUGUGAGAUCGUCACUCUGGACCGGGACAGCAGCCAACCCCGGAGGACCAUCGCCCGGCAGACGGCGCGCUGCGCCUGCAAGAAGGGUCAGAUCGCCGGCACGACGCGAGCCCGGCCGGCCUGCGUGGACGUUCGCAUCGUCAGGACUCGGCAGUGGUGUGAGAUGACUCCCUGUCUGGAGGACGAAGGCUGUAACCUCCUGGUCAAUCAGUCGGGCUGGACCUGCACGCAACCAGGGGGGCGCGUCAAGACCACCACGGUCUCCUGACAGUGACGGCGAGGACAGGAGGACCAGC